CAUGAUUGAUGCGGCGGCCAUUUUCCCGCUGGACGCUGCUUCCCAUUGUGGAUACGAAGAACAAAAUAGAAACAAGCGAAACAUUGCUGACGAAUUCUACUCACUUUCCUAAUCGGUGAUCUGAAACAAUGGCCCGUACCAAGCAGACUGCCCGUAAGUCCACUGGAGGCAAAGCUCCACGUAAGCAGCUGGCCACAAAAGCUGCUCGUAAGAGCGCUCCUUCCACUGGAGGUGUCAAAAAGCCCCAUCGCUACAGGCCUGGUACUGUGGCUCUGCGUGAGAUCCGUCGUUAUCAGAAGUCCACUGAGCUGCUGAUCCGCAAGCUGCCCUUCCAGCGCCUGGUGAGGGAGAUCGCCCAGGACUUCAAAACUGAUCUGCGUUUCCAGAGCGCGGCCAUCGGAGCCCUGCAGGAGGCUAGCGAGGCCUACCUGGUGGGUCUGUUUGAGGACACCAACCUGUGCGCCAUCCACGCCAAGCGUGUCACCAUCAUGCCCAAAGACAUCCAGCUGGCGCGUCGUAUCCGUGGGGAGCGUGCUUAAACUUGCUCCUUUCCUCUUGCUCUUUCUCCUUUUCACCUCAUCCAGUCCUUUCUUCACCAUCUAUCUAGCCGUCCCUCUGCUCCUCACCAACCCCCUCCCUUACCCCCCCUCCCUUGUUUGUAGUGUGUAGCGGAAAACUGAUUAUAUUAUAAUUAAAGUGUAUAGUCGUGUUUUUCUUAGUGUUUUUGGCAGCAGACUUCUAGGGUACUCUCUUUUUGUGCAUGUACCAACUCUUUGGUGAUGAGACCUUCUCAAGCACACAUAUCCUAGUUUGCACUGUUUUUAGCCUUGAAGGAGUGGAUGAUUUGUGGGUAUAAGAAGAAAAAAAGCGUGGACUAUAACAAUGCAGAUUUGGAGGGGACAAAUGGGAGAACAGGACAGGUAUUUUUCUGCUGGGGGGACUGUGGUCUCUGCAGCAGGGUGCUAGAAGAACUUGUCUGCUCCUCUUCUCCAGCUUCUGGUUCUCUGCCAGUCUCUGCUCUGAGAUAAGCAGAAACCUUCCCUGUAUGUGUCUGCAUGAGUGUUAGCUCUGAUCACCACAGCAAAUUGUAUACAGUCCAUCAACAUUAUGCUUAACAUAUUGCUGUAAUUCAUUAUGUAAGGGUUUUUUUUUUUUUUUGUUUUUGUUUUUUUUUGUUUUGUAUUUUUUCUUUCAAACUAAUUGUGGAUGACAAAGAUGGGGAAUGAAUCGGAUUGAAACACAGAACAAAAAAGCAGAUUUGGAAUAUUUUUCUUCUACUGAAAUCUGAGGCUACUGACUUGUUCUAGCUCCAAAUUGUGAUCCUCUUGUAGACGCCCCUUUACUAAUACUGAACAUUUUAACCUCGUCUGUUUCUGUGACGUUCAAAUUGGUUUCAUCCAAUAAUUUUAAAGCCAAAGCUUAAGAGCUAAAAAUGGUGUCAGAUGUUUGUUUUUUUUUAUACCUGUGGCUCUUUUUAAAUAAAAACAACUUUUUUAGGAAAGGAUUGUGGAGGUUUGUAAUGUUCUCUAAACCAAAAUCUCUCCAGGUGUAUAAAAAAAUGUUUUUUAAAGAAAAACAAAAUUGUGAAUUUAAAUAAAAUGUAUCCUAAUUCAGCGAGACACAAUUAAUUAUACUAAUCUUUUCUGUAUGCCUCCCUCCUGUGCUUAUAUUCUUUUUUUUCCAGUUGAUCAUCUGUGCACCAUUUCUCAGGUUAACAUGUUUCCCUUUUAACUUAGGUUUUUUGUUUGUUUUUUUUUCUUUUUUCAAUUUGAUUUUCUUUCUGUUUUUGUUCUUUUAUGAAAUGUUGAAAAUGAUGUUUCAAUUAAACAAUAUUUGUAAUUUCCAGAUUUGUCAUAUAAGGUGGUAAUAAAUGGAUGUUACACACAA